AUGACCUCACUGCAAGAAUCCUUGGCAGGUCCGGGAUAUGUGAUUCUCAAUGCGAUCCGCGUCAUCAAUAUAAUUGUUUUCCUUGACAUCAUCGCUGCUAGUGCGGUGAUGCUGGUGAAAAUCUCGCUGUUGACCAGCUUUUUCUUCUUCGAGGCAGUCUCUCGGGUUGCCACUGCCGGAGUCAGCGUCUUCCUCAUUAUUUCCGAGCUUCCUAUUUUGCGUGGUUACUUCGACCGAAAUUGGCCUCUACUAGGGCAGGAGUCAGGAUUCAUUACCUUGGCAGUCGCCAUGCUCGUACUUGGGGUUGGGAUUCUGGGAGACCUCAACACGAAGGCGACAAGUCAGGAAUCACUUGGAAUGCCAUUCUGGCGCCUCGUGCUCUCCGCGGGCAUCUUAUCCAUGAUCAUGAGCGUGAUUAACGCAGUUGCAAGCUUUGUAUUUUCUGACCGUGAUAUUGGUGUCAGCGCACGGCAUGUUCGGCUCUAUGGAGCAGUGGCUCCUCAAAAGGUGGUAACGCGAGCCGGGAGCCAACGAUCAUUCCAAUUGAGCAUGAAGCGGGAGGAGUCGUUGCCAACAUAUAGCCCACAGAGCUCUAUGCGGAGGCAUAUGUCGCAGCGGAAUAGUACUCGCUUCCCGCUGAAGAUCUCUUCACCCUUAAAUCCAAUGAAUAUCAGUGACGCAGCAUCGUCGAAAUAUUCGAGGGACUCCGCUGGUGUGACUAUUCCAGACCUCUCGCAUCAUCCGGCCAUGCAAGCUGAGCGCAUUGCAUCACAACAGAGCAAGUGGUUCUCUGCUCGAUGCAACAACUUCGACCCACGACACUUCGACAAGAUGGUUGAGCUCGGGAUCUCAUUUGCCACGUAUGUAUCUUCUGACCCGCUGUUUUCCACUGUCAGUGAAACUCACCGUCUUUCCGGUGCCAGCAUCAAGUCAUUUCUCAUCUUCUUCGCGCCCAUCAUAAUUCCACGAGUCAUCAACUUCUACCGCAGCUUCCGUGUCUCGAUUGCUACAAGGCCGCCUCCUCGACCAGUGCCUUACGAUGCCUCACGCGCCUUGAAUCUACUCUUCUUCUCCAUCACCUUCUUCUUCCUCCUCAGCCUCCCUUUCAAUCCGCGGGCACCACCUCAAAGCAUCUUCGCCCUCACCCGCUCACGCAUCAACACCGCCAGCGAUGUUCUUUUCUCGCGACUAAUCCGCCUCCGAUCCGAGAACACCCUUACUCCGACUGACCUCCUCCUCAAGACCAAACUUACCUCUUUUCCCGCUCGCAAGAUCUAUCUCCGCUUCGGCCCGGACGCCCUACUCAGUUGCCAAUUUUGCUCGCUCGAUAACCCCACCACUUACAUUCUCUACUACCUCCCGUUCCAUGUCCUCCUACCCCAUUUGUUUCACAUGGCCAUCUUGGGUGCAGCCACCGCCGCGCCUCUGACUGGCCAGGAUGCCAGCAAAUGGCGCAACAAGUUCACGCUCGCAGGUGCUGCACUUGCGUUCCUGGAUUUAUACCUUGUCUUUAGCUACGACCCUGUCCAAUCCGGGCCAGCUGCUGUGCGCGCUGGGGUUACGAUUCCUACGGCUGCGUAUUACCAGCUUGGGCUGCUCCGGCCGCUGGCGUUUGCGGUUGUGGAUGGGAUCUGUGCGCUGCUGAUAUACCUCUCCGCGACACGGAGAUUUUUUUACACGCCGCCGUCACAGGCCGAACAGGUCGAUCAGUUGGUGUCAACGUCGUUGGCGGCGCUCGGCGGGGCGACGUCCAAGUUGCAUGCCCUGAGUGUCACCCGCAACACGGUUGUCAGGGAUAAGGUGCUCAAGGAUCGAGAUGAUGCGUACUGGCGGACGGUUGUCGCGCUGAAUGUGGACAACCCGGCCCUUAGAGAAGGUGGGCAGGUUGCAAGGGAGGAUGGUACACAUGGGUCGGCAGCAUCGUCGUCGUCGACACCAACCUCGAUCUGGGAGGAAGAGGAAGUGGUUCGUGCGAUGUCUCGCGCAAUGGCUGGGCAAGGUGGCGUUGACCUGGCGAAGUUGGGCAUGGAUGCUGCGGAAGAUACUGUUACACUGGGAGCUGGAAUGGCCCCAUCGCUGAAAAGGCUCGAUGCCGCCAAGUCUGCGCCAGUGAAAGUUCAGGCCGAUACUCGGAAGAGACUAAAGCUCCGCCUUGACAAGGAUAAGGAAGCCCUGAAUGCUAGGCAGCCUCUUUUCUUAACUACACUGCCACAAUAG